AUGACCGACGACGACGCCAAGAAGCGUCCAAAAACCAAGACCAGAGCCAAGAAGCGCGAGUCCGAGGGCGUCAGCAGCAGCGACAAGAGGCGAGCGCCCAAGAAGAGUCCGCAGCAGGCGCGAGAGGACUCGAGCGCGUGUCUCGUUGGCUCUUCGUCCUCCUCUUCGUCCUCUUCCUCCUCUUCGUCUUCUUCUGGUGACUCGGAUGCGCGCGACUCGAGCUCCGGCGGCAAGAACAGCGACGCCAGCGGUCCACGACGUCGCACGAACAAGAGGAACCCUAAGGCAAACCCUAGCGCCAAACGUCGCUAUGACUCGUCAUCUGCCGAGUCGCCAACGCCUGAGCAGGGCAAUAUCGCUGAUGCCUCACACGAAAGAUCGGGCUUUAGACGGCUGUGCAUGGCCAGCUCCCCCGUGCUCAAUGAGAGCGAGGACGAGCACCGACGCAUCGUCAACAAGCUCUGCAGCCAAGGCUUGCUCGUGGAUAUAAUCGAUGGGGGAGACUCCAAAGGCGAGAUGCACUCCGGGUACCUGAUCCUGCUGGUUCGAGCGCCGGACUCCGUGGUCAUGUCGUUGGUCAAGCAGUUCCGAACGCUCAUGUGGAUGGAGCACGGCGCCGUGGUGGAUAUGGAGCAGGACGUGGCUCAGCGUCGAGACGACCCCACUACUCCGGCCGAGAGGAUCGAGAUCGUGGACUAUAUUAUCGAGCAGCGGGCGAGGUUGUCCAAGAAGGACUUGUGGAUCCAUGACCUCUUCCCCAUGCACAACCAGAGCGUGACGAACACGCUCAUUCAUAGGUGGGUGACGUCCUGGAGGCUACACGAGCUGGACGACAAGAAGGUGCUGCGCUCGUUGCGCUACAAUUUUGGCGAGAAGGUGGCGUACUACUUCGCGUUCCUCAAGUACUACAACACGUGGCUCAUUCCGCUCGCGGCUAUCGGGAUCUUGCUGGAACUAUUGCGUGGAGUCAUUUCCAUGACGGCAUACAUGCGUCUGCUGCCGUUCUGGGGCUUGGGUGUGUCGGUGGUCUGGGGCUUUGCGUUCCUCAAGUCGUGGGAGCGCGAGAACGCGUGCAUGCAGUACGACUGGACGGGUAAGCUGCACGUAAAGCAGAUUGAGUACCGCAAUAAGCAGUUCCAC